AUGCGUUACGCUCUCCCGUCGGUAAUGGCUCUUGCCGUUGCCUCCGUCUCAGCUUCUCUCCUGUAUCCGGACAAUUUUCCUCUACAGCGACGACAAGAACCUGGAACACCGGAAUACGACUGUCAUGCGAACUGCGGAACCGUCAUUGUCGAUGGCAGGACGGAGGGAUAUUGUGACUCGGCAAACUUCACCACCGCACUCGAGGAUUGCCUCAACUGUGCCCUGCAAUAUGACAUCUGGCAGUACUACGGGGACAGUGUCGCCCAGGCCGCAACGGCGUGUGGACUCGAUGCAACGCCGGUCCCUGCCAAUGCUACUUCCGCCACGAACAGCAGCUCUACGGCCACCACCGAAUCGAAUCCGACUACGACUGCUUCAUCGCAGAGCACAGACGCAGCAUCUUCGGCAUCAACCACGGCUUCUUUGGGCGAGACACCUUCAGCCACGACAGGACAGACCACUCCAACCGAGACCGGCGCUGCAGCAACCACCACCACCGACACUGAGGGCUUUGGCAAUAGAAUCUCGCUUGGUGGUGGACAAGUGGUGUUGCCCUUGGUCGCGUUACUUCCUGGACUCCUUUAA